AUGUGCAAUUCAUUUUGUAACAUUUCAGACCAGAAACAAAAGAAACAGGUCGAGGAUGAACUGAUCGAUGACCAGAGCAGGUUGAAGAUAAGGAACACAAACGUAAAAAAGAAACUUGCCCCAAGAAAAUCAAAGACAAAUAAGGAAGAGUCUGGGAAAAGAGCCUUAUCUACGUAUGGCUCUUUAUCAAGUAUUCUCCCUGAGGAAAUAUUGCAAUCGGUACAGGAGUCAAUUGAACUUCUUCCUGCUGUAGUGGAACAGGACCUCCCUAGAGCUCAGGAACCAAGUGAACUUCUUCCUGCUGCAGUGGAACAGGACCUCCCUAGAGCUCAGGAAUCAAGCCAACUCAUUCCUGCUACAGUGGAACAUGAACCCAGGUCCCCAACCAUCGAGCCUCUAAGUCCCUCCCCUACGACUAGCAUAUCAAGGACUCAUUGGUCUCCCAUGACGAGCACCCCCACGACACCUUUCUCCCAAGUUAUCGGCCCGCUCCACAACUAUGAGUUAAUGAAGAGAGUAAUGGAGGAUGCCCUUGCACCGUACAAGCAGGAUUUGGAGAAGGUGAAGGAGAAGACUAAGUGCUACAAGCGAGAAUUGGAGGAGGUGAAGGAAGAGAUGAAGAGCUACAAGCGAGAAUUGGAGGAGUUUAAGGAAGAGCUGAAGUGUUCUAAGAGAAGGAAAAGGAACAAGCCCGCCCCUGGUAUGUACCAAAUCGUAUAUAUAUACUGA